CGGCCUUCUCCUCCACACAACACCCAUUUCCUACUCCAAUAAAACGGAUUCCGAUUCAGUGAUAGCCAUCACCGUGUUGCCUCCUCUCCGACGCCGGAAACACAACGGAUUUCUCCAUAAUCUGCAAAUAUGUGGGAGCGAGAGCCUGAGUGCGACGGUGAGAGUUCGAUGGUAGGAGCGGUGGUCCCGGCGGUGAAGUCUUCGGGACCGAGCGGUGGUCGCCGGUGCGAGGUGGAGCCGUCAGAAAUGGAGCCUGAGCUAGACAGAGAAUUUCUAUGUCCGAUAUGCAUGCAGAUCAUCAAAGAUGCGUUUCUGACUGCUUGCGGCCAUAGCUUCUGCUAUAUGUGCAUCGUCACUCAUCUCCACAACAAGAGCGACUGCCCUUGCUGCUCCCAUUACCUCACCGCCGCUCAACUCUACCCCAACUUCCUCUUUGACAAGCUAUUGAAGAAGACAUCUGCACACCGAAUGUCAAAAACUGCAUCUCCUGUAGAACAAUUUCGUCAUUCGUUGGAGAAGACAGGGUUGUGAAGUUACAGUCAAGGAGCUGGAUGUUCUAUUGUCAAUAUUGGCAGAAAAGAAGAGAAAACUAGAGCAAGAGGAAGCAGAACGAAAUAUGCAAAUUCUACUCGAGUUUCUACACAUGUUAAAGAAGAAAAAAGUUGAUGAGCUCACUGAGAUAAAGAAUGAUCUCCAGUACAUUAAGGAGGAUGUAAAUUCAGUCGAGAGACAUAGAAUAGAGCUGUACCAGGCAAGAGACAGGUACUCAAUGAAACUGCGAAUGCUUGCAGACAAUCCCCUGGGUGCAAACUCCCGGUCUUCAUCAGCAGAUAGGAACACAAUUGGCAUUUCCCCCUCUUCCCGUGCUGCACAUGGAGGACUACCAUCUGGGACCUUCGUGCACCUAAAAAAGGAUGGGGCCCAAGGGAAGGAUGUUUCUGUCACUGAAUUUAAUUCACAACACAUGAGCCAAUCUGGACUGGCUGUUGUUCGGAAAAAACGUGUUCAUGCACAGUUCAAUGAUCUGCAAGAAUUUUACUUGCAAAAGAGACGUCAGUUGGAAACCCACUUACAAGACAAAGAUAAGAGGAACCAAAAUGUGAUGAGAAGAGAAGGUUACAGUGCACCUUUGGCAGAUUUCCAGUCUGUACUGAGUACAUUCACACGCUAUAGUCGACUAAGAGUCAUUGCUGAGAUACGACAUGGAGAUAUUUUUCACUCAGCUAAUAUUGUUUCAAGCAUAGAAUUCGAUCAUAACGACGAAUUGUUUGCUACGGCUGGAGUUUCACGACGCAUCAAAGUAUUUGAUUUCUCUUCGGUUGUGAAUGAACCUGCAGAUGUGCAUUGCCCUGUUGUGGAGAUGUCAACUAGGUCCAAACUUAGCUGCUUGAGCUGGAACAAGUACACUAAAAACCACAUAGCCAGUAGUGAUUAUGAUGGAAUUGUGACGGUUUGGGAUGUGACAACAAGACAGAGUGUGAUGGAAUAUGAAGAACAUGAGAAACGGGCGUGGAGUGUUGAUUUUUCUAGAACAGAUCCCUCGAUGCUUGUAUCCGGAAGUGAUGAUUGUAAGGUUAAAGUCUGGAGCACAAAGCAGGAAGCAAGUGUUAUUAAUAUUGACACGAAGGCAAAUAUAUGUUGUGUGAAAUAUAAUCCCGGAUCUAGUUAUCAUGUUGCGGUUGGAUCAGCGGAUCACAACAUCCAUUAUUAUGACUUAAGAAACACCACCCAUCCGGUCCAUAUUUUCAGCGGCCACAAAAAAGCUGUUUCCUAUGUAAAGUUCUUGUCUAAUCAUGAGCUUGCAUCAGCAUCAACUGACAGUACUCUUCGACUAUGGGAUGUUAAAGAAAAUUCAGAUGUUCGUGUCUUUAGAGGGCAUACAAAUGAGAAAAAUUUUGUUGGUCUGACGGUGAAUAAAGAGUUCAUUUCUUGCGGCAGUGAAACCAAUGAGGUCUUUGUUUACCACAAGGCAAUCACAAAACCGGUGACUUGUCAUAGUUUUGGCACCCUAGAGGUAGAAGACGGGGACGAAGACAUGUCGUCUUUCUUCAUCAGCGCAGUGUGCUGGAAGAGUGAUAGCCACACGAUGUUAGCUGCUAACAGCCAGGGAACCAUCAAAGUCUUGGCGCUUGCUGCCUGAUCGCCUGCCGUGCCACAUGUAAAAUUCAUCAGAGUAGUAGUGCUUGUUUGGUGGUGAAAACCACAACAAAAGACCCUGGGAAAUCUCACAAAGGUUAGGGAAAACAACCAUUUUAAUCUAAUUGUCUGAUUAAUUGAUUCAUUAAGCAGUGCAUGGUAGCAGUAGUAGCAUUACUUUUCCGUCAAACUUGCAAACUUGUAUGUCUAAUUUAUUUAAUCUUUGGAGGGUGUAAUUCCGCGCAGUUCUGUUGCCACUGGCUUUUUGAAGUACCUUAUGGGCUCCGUUCGCAAAAUUGAUAGUUCACAUCCCCUCUAAAGCCAUGUGAUAUGAAGGGCUUGACGGGGGCUUGACAGGGUGUAACGAUGGAUGGAUGAUGUGGAGUGAUGAAAAAAUGUGUGUUAUGGUGGAUGUGUUGAGAAGUGAUGAUGUAUUAAAUUUUGAUUGGUUCG